GGUACGAUGACGUUUUAAUGUCCCAAGACGGACAAACAAAAGUGUUCUCUCCCUCUCGCACAUACACUAGGGUUUUCAGGUACUGUAGCAAUGGCGAAGAGCGAAGAGAAGUCGUCGAAUAAGGAAGGGACCAACUUGCUGGGCGCGCCUACCUUUACGGAGCUCGAUAAUGGACGGUUCAAGUGCGUUGAGACUGGCCACGAAGUGCUCGUCAAAGACAGGGAAUCCUACUCUCAUUCCAAACGCUGCCGUUUGGGUCUCAUCGGCUUCGCUUUGUCCCAAAACAAACCUCCUCUCAAUAUGUUCAAGCAAGACCCUCUCUCCCGUUCGAAGUUGAUAUGUAAGCUGACAGGAGACACCAUAAAUAAGUCUGAGGAACAUAUAUGGAAGCACAUCAAUGGCAAACGAUUCCUCAACAAACUAGAGGUAAAGGAAACAGAAAAGCUAUCCUCGGACGGAAUAGUAGAAGAGCAGGGUGAGCAGAAGCCACAAAAAGCAUCAAAGCCAUCCACAGAUGGUUUGAAGAAGAAGAAGAAGAAGAAAAAGAAGAAGAAGAAUGACAAAAAUGAGGAUAAAGCCAAAGAAGUUGAUGAUAUCAUAUCUGAAGUUAGGAAUUUGUCUGAUGAGGAGGAGAUUGAUUUAGAAGAAGCAGAUUUCUGGAUGCCUCCUGUGGGAGAACGCUGGGAUUUUGAUGAUGGCGGAGAUCGAUGGUGUUCUGGUUCAGAGUCGGGGCAGGAAAGUGACGAGGUUAAUGCAAUGGAUGGUCCAGCUGAAGAAGGCGGCAAGGAGACAGAAGAGCUACCCAAGCAGACAAAAAGAACGUCCAUUGAAAUUGGACCUAGCGGUUUUGCUUCAAGGAAGAAGAGUAAGAAGCACACAAAUUAAUUUGCUCGACAGAAUUUAUUGCAAGGAAUUUGUUGUGAAAUGAAGUUUUGAGGUUUCUCCUUUGUAAUCAAUUUACGAUGUUCAGUAGGAUGUAUGGAAACAAAUAGAGGUUAUUUUUUGAUGAUAUGCUUUCAAUCCACUUUUGGGGUUUUAA